GGAAGAAGGAGCAACAGUUACUGUUUAGGUGUGUUUGGAAGAGAAUCAGAAUGGUUGGAAGCACGUUGGCAGGGUUACAAGAACACCUCAAGUUGGCCAGAGACUAUGCUCUCGAAGGACUUUAUGAUACCUCUAUCAUCUUCUUCGAUGGUGCUCUUGCCCAGAUCAACAAGCACCUCAACACUGUUGAUGAUCCUUUGAUUCGUGCAAAAUGGAUGAACGUUAAGAAAGCUCUUUCUGAGGAAACAGAAGUUGUGAAGCAGCUAGAUGCAGAGAGAAGGGCUUUUAAAGAUAACCCUGUUGCAAGACGCCCUUCCUCACCUCCAAUUUCUGCUAAAUCUUCGUUUGUUUUUCAACCAUUAGAUGAGUAUCCCACUUCAUCGAGUGGUCCUGUUGAUGAUCCUGAUGUAUGGAGGCCACCUAGUAGGGAUACUACCACUAGAAGACCUACAAGGUCUGGUCAAGUGGGUACUCGGAAGUCUCCACAAGAAGGAGCUUGGGCUCGAGGUUCUACCAGAACAGGUGCAACUGGACGUGGUGCAAAGGCUGGUGCUACAAGUAGGGUUAACUCAGGGGCCCGAGCAUCAACUACUGGAAAGAAAGGUGCUGUUUCUGGAAAGUCUAGCAAGACAGAUACAGCCAAUGGUGAUGCUGAAGAUGGUAAGUCAAAGAAGGGACAAUAUGAAGGUCCUGAUCCUGAGUUAGCUGCAAUGCUUGAAAGGGAUGUGUUAGAAACCUCUCCUGGAGUGAGAUGGGAUGAUGUUGCAGGGCUUACUGAAGCAAAAAGGCUUCUAGAAGAAGCUGUUGUUCUUCCCUUGUGGAUGCCUGAAUAUUUCCAGGGAAUCAGGAGACCCUGGAAAGGUGUCCUCAUGUUUGGACCUCCAGGAACUGGGAAGACACUUCUUGCUAAAGCAGUUGCUACUGAGUGUGGGACCACUUUCUUUAAUGUUUCUUCUGCCACUUUAGCUUCUAAAUGGCGUGGAGAGAGUGAGCGAAUGGUGCGGUGUUUGUUUGAUCUUGCACGAGCAUAUGCACCAAGCACUAUAUUCAUUGAUGAAAUUGAUUCUCUAUGCAAUGCUAGGGGGGCAUCUGGGGAGCAUGAAUCAUCCCGAAGGGUGAAGUCUGAACUUCUAGUUCAGGUUGAUGGUGUAAGCAAUAGUGCCACGAAUGAAGAUGGUAGCCGUAAAAUAGUAAUGGUUUUGGCAGCUACUAACUUCCCAUGGGAUAUAGAUGAAGCACUAAGGAGAAGGCUGGAAAAACGUAUAUAUAUUCCUCUUCCAAAUUUUGAGAGUCGUAAAGAGCUUAUCCGUAUAAAUUUGAAAACUGUUGAGGUGGCUGCCGAUGUCAACAUAGAUGAAGUGGCUCGCCGGACAGAGGGCUAUAGUGGAGAUGAUUUGACAAAUGUCUGUCGUGAUGCUUCCUUGAAUGGUAUGAGGCGCAAGAUAGCGGGAAAGACGCGUGAUGAAAUCAAGAACAUGUCCAAGGACGAGAUUUCAAAUGAUCCUGUUGCCAUGUGUGAUUUUGAAGAAGCUUUGGGAAAGGUCCAACGAAGUGUUUCUCAGGCUGACAUUGAACGCCAUGAGAAAUGGUUUACUGAGUUUGGAUCAGCAUGAAGACAACACAUCAACAACGGGCAGUGUUGUUUUUGUUUUGUACUACUACUACUACUACUACUAUUUUUACUUUAACGUUGCGUGGGUGGUUUGUCGUUAUUGUUUGUGUUGAUAUAUCAUUCAUUUUCUGACACGGCUCAUUGUAGUUUUAUGGUGUUGGAGAGAUCUUCAUUUAUUAAUUUGUAUCUGCGAUGAUUGAAUGCUAAUGUAAUGUAAUCUGAUAUGAUUUCAAAGCAGUUAUUAUCUCUCAACUUGUGAUAUUUGCAU